AUGCCUCAUCGCUGCAGGAACUACGACCCCAUGGCCGAAGGCCGUGUUGGUGUAUUAAGUGAGGUCUUUCCUCCCAAGUCUCACUGGACUGGCGAAGAUGUGCCCGAUCUCUCCGGACAGACCAUCAUCGUCACAGGCACGGUUCUUCUUUCGCGUAACGCUCGCGUUUACAUGGCCGCACGAUCAGAGGCAAAGGCGACAGCGGCUAUUGAAGAGCUGAAGGCCAGCACGAAGAAGGACAAUUUUCAUUGGUUGAAGCUCGACCUUGGGAAUUUGACUUCUGUGAGGCGCGCGGCAGAAGAAUUCAUGGAGAAGGAGUGCGAGUUGCAUGUAUUGUUUAACAACGGAGGGAUCAUGGAACCAGGAAACGAAGACGUCACUGCACAAAGAUAUGACGCUCAAUUCGGUGACCUUUCUUUUUUCACGACUCUGCUCCUUUCCGUCCUCGUGCGCACUGCUGUCUCAGAGUCCGCGGCAUUGUCAGGGCAUCGUGUCCGCAUCGUCAAUACAUCGAGCAGCCACGACGCUAUGGCUCCCUCGGCUGGAGUCGUAUGGAGUUCUAUCCAGAAGGAUAAGGAGGCGCCAUGGCCUUCGAGGAAGAAGAUGGGUAUGACACAGCUCUACGGGCAAAGCAAACUCUGUCAGGUGUUGUUGUCUAAUGAGAUAGCGAGGAGGUACUGCGACAAAGGGAUAGUCUCAACGUCCCUUCAUCCAGGCCUCAUCAAAACUGAGCUUCAACGAAACUUCAACCCCGUCGGAACUUCCAUCACGAAAGCUUUGUUCAGUGACGUUACCUACGGGGCCAUCACGCAGCUCUUGGCUGGCACUGCACCCGAGGCGCUCGAGAUGAAUGGAGAGUACUUGACGGCAUACGCGAGAAGGUCGAUGGCGAGCAAGAAGACGAUGGAUGCUGAGCUGGCAAAGAAGGUGUGGGAGUUCUGUGAGAAGGGAGUCGCAGGAUCUUGAGGUGGCUUAUAGAGUUGAUAAUAUCGCUUACGCCCUGUGGUUUGAGCGGGUAGUUGACCGCGCAUGAGGCUCCACUGGGACUGCAUUUUCCUUCCUUUACUAUACCUUAGGAACGAAUCCAGAACCGUAAC